GCUGGCGACUGCCAUCCCCUGCGCUGCCGAGGGCGUGGCGGCUCAGGCAGGGUGGCGUUCGCCGUCUCCUCCCGCCGCCGUCACUCCCUCGUGUUAUGGCGGCCUCGGCCCUCACGCUGACCUUCGUCCGGAGGCUGUCCUGGCGGCCCCUCUGCAAAAUAAGGCAGGCACAAGCUGUUUACAUUCCUUCAGCUCACCUGCACAUGACUGCAGCUGCCAUGCAAGUCAGCCAAAAAGACUUUGAAAAGGCUCAAGAACAACUGAAGCUUUUGAAAAAUGAUCCUGGGAAUGAAGCUAAGUUGAAGCUCUAUGCUUUGUUUAAACAGGCUACUGAAGGUCCCUGCAAUGCUCCAAAACCAGGUAUGCUGGACUUUGUCAAGAAAGCCAAGUGGGAUGCAUGGAAUUCUCUUGGCAGUUUGUCUCAGGAUGAUGCUAGACGGAAAUAUGCUGAACUUGUCUCAAGUCUGGUCUCUGCAGAAUCUGCUAACCAGAGGAAAGAUGCUUCUCCAGAAGAGGGCAAACGUGAUGGCUAUGAAACAUUACUGGUUACCAGCAAAAACAAUAUCACAACAAUAAUGUUUAACCGACCUGAUAGGAAAAAUGCCAUCAACCAUAAGAUGUACAGAGAAAUUAUGAAAGCACUUGAAGAAGCUGGGAAAGAUGACUCCACCAUAGCAGUUAUUACUGGAAAUGGAGACUACUACAGUAGUGGAAAUGAUCUGAAUAAUUUUGCUAAUAUCCAGCCUGGUGAAAUGGAGAAGAUGGCCAAAGAUGCAGCAGUGCUACUCAAAGAGUUUGUGGAUCACUUUAUUGAUUUUCCUAAGCCUCUGAUUGCCAUGGUAAAUGGCCCAGCUAUUGGGAUCAGUGUAACAGUCCUUGGCCUGUGUGACGUGGUCUAUGCUUCUGACACAGCUACAUUUCAUACCCCAUUUAGUCAUCUUGGACAGAGCCCAGAAGGGUGUUCCUCAUACCUGUUCCCAAAAAUCAUGGGUGUAGCCAAGGCAAAUGAGAUGCUUCUUUUCAGUAAGAAGCUGACUGCAGCAGAAGCCUGUGCCCAGGGACUUGUGACUGAAGUCUUCCCUGACAGGACUUUUCAGAAGGAAGUUUGGGCAAGACUAGAAACUUUCUCAAGGCUCCCCAAAAAUUCCCUGGCAGUGUCAAAGCAACUGUUACGAAGUCUGGAGAAGGAGAAGCUUCAUGAGGUCAACAAGAGGGAGUGUGAAACCCUGAGGGAGAGGUGGCUCUCUGAGGAGUGUGUAAAUGCUAUUGUCAGCUUCUUUCAGAAGAAGUCAAAACUCUAACCUUCAGAACAAGCUACCUUCUGACAGGAGCUCAGCUUGCCUUUAUCAUGGAUAAACUCUCUUGAAGUAAUAAUUAUUACUGAAUACAAUUCAGUCUGUUUCCAAGUACUGGGUUAACCAAUACAAUGUUAUGUGCCUUGGAGUAUGGGUGCUAUGGGUGCUUAGGUGGGGAAAAAACGUUCAUUGUUCUGUAGGCAGCAGUGAAGUGUCAAUAAUGCUACAGCAAAUUGUCUUUUAAAAGGAGCCAGAGAUCAAAGAGGAACCCUAUUUGACAUCUCUUCAGUAAAUGUCCUGUGAGUGGUUUUUCUCAUCUGUAGGGAGCACUGUAUUCAUGAAAAAAUAAAUAGAAUGUUUAAUUACGA